GUCGAGGAGGUUGUCCCAGUCGUUGCUGCCCACUAUUUCUCGCCAUGGUGGUGGUGGUGGUUGCUGCUCUCCGGCGUCAGUGUCUGCGCCGACGUCGGCGUCCACGCUUGGGGAAGACUGAAGCGAGGAGCGGGAGCCCAUUGGAGAGAGAGAGAGAGAGAGAGAGAGGGUUAUUGGUGGAUAUAAGAUGGGUGGCGGCGAGCAAUUGGCAA